AUAAAUACGGCUUGUUAGCAAAUCCUUCAAUAGAACUCAUCCAAGUUUGGUUGCGAUAACUUCAAAAACCUUCUUAAGUACAUUGAGAUUUCAACACUUCACUCUUUUGAACGAAGAGCAGAACAUUCAAACACAUUUGCCAAUCCAUCAACUAUACAAACCAUUCAGCCUAUUCUUUCACCACAAUUGACAAGUUAUACUUAUUCCCUAGAAAGAUGGAAAAAAUGAUCAUCGCAGCAAUUUCUCUCGUGUUUAUAUUGCAAGGUGCCAUUAUACUGGAUGCGAAAUGCGUUCCCCUAUACAAAGAGCUGACUGUUGGCGCCUCAAUUAGAUCCUCGUGUCCCAACGGUAGCAGUGAAGAGUUAUGCCCAUCAAAAACAGUAAUUAACAAUAAUACUGAGCAUCGUCUGCCAAUGAUAUUGCUCGAACGUCGUUGCUGUACGAAAUUCUGUUUCAGCGGGAAACCCCACGUUUGCAAAGAACAGUAUAUGGGGAUCAUUGUCAUGGAACGACUUACUGUGAAUGACCCUUACGUCAAAAAGAACAUAAAUAUAUCAGUUGGUUGUGUUUGCAUGCGUAAGCGUGAGACAAUUGAUUUACCCGAACCAACAAUGAUAGAAAAGCCAUAAGAAGAUCAACAACAUGAACAACAACAGCAACAACAACAACAACAACAACGUCGACGAAGAUUUGAAAUUACAAUACACCUUUAUUUUUUUUUUUAAUGAUUUUAGAUGAAAUGAUUAAACUCGAAAAAGAUAAGAUGUACAUGCAUACAUACAUACCUGCAUAUAUACAUACAUACAUGUAUACAUACAUACUUGCAUAUGCAAAUAUAUACAUAUAUGUAUGUGUGUAUAUA